AUGGCGAAAGAUAGAGACGAUCUGAAGAAGGAGAAGAAAGAGAAAAAGGAGAAGAAAGAGAGGAAGGAGAAGAAGCGACGUGAGGCUGAAGAACUCGCGGUGAGGGAGAAGAAAAUCUCUAAGAAGCAUAAAUCCGAGUCCAGAAAGGCCGAGAAAUCCGAGAAAACGAAGAAGAAAUCGAAGAAACCCGAAGUCGAAAGCGAAGAAGAGAAACCCCAUAAGAAAUCCAACGAGAAGAAGAAGAAGAAACACAAGGUGUCAUCAGAUGAAUCCGAAGAAGAAGAGCCCAAGAGCGAAAUCGUCCGUUCCGAUGAUUCGAAUCCCGUUACAGUCCCGAUUGUCACCACCACCACAACCACCAACGAGUCAGAUUCAGAUUUCGAAUUCGACAAGGAAGACAUCAAGCAUCUCCUCGAAUCUUACUCCAAGGAAGAGCUCAUAAACCUCAUAUACAAAACCGCCGAAAAGGGAUCUAAAUUGAUCUCCGCCGUGCUUGAAUCGGCGGAUCGCGACAGUGCUCAGCGCAACAUAUUCGUCCGUGGCCUCGGAUGGGACACGACGCACGAGAGCCUCAAGGCGGCUUUCGAACUCUAUGGCGAGAUUGAUGAGUGCUCAGUGGUGAUGGAUAAAGAUACGGGGAGAGCCAAAGGUUAUGGGUUUGUGAUGUUCAAGACGCGUAAAGGAGCGAGAGAGGCUCUUAGAAACCCGGAGAAGAGGAUGUUCAACCGCAAUGUGAGCUGUAAUCUAGCGGCGGCUAAGCCGUCUGGAGCUGGAAAGCCACGGGAACCACCGGUUGAGUCUGUGAAGAUUGAGCUAACUCAACCGGCUAAUCAGAUUGAAAUGGCUUUACCGGUGCUCGAUUUGGGUCAGGGACAUGGGCUCGACAAGGGAAUGCAAAUGCAGCAGCAGAAUAUGCCAAUGUACGGUGGACAGAAUAUGCCUUUUUAUGGUCACUCUCAGCCUCCUCUUGGUUAUAAUCCAAUGUAUGGUGCGUUUAUGGGUAAUCCGAUGGUUCCUGGUUUACCGAAUUAUCGUAUGUUUGCUCCCGGUAUGAUGAACCAGGGACCACCGAACCAGAUGGGAAUACCGAACCAGAUAGGAUUGGCGGGGCAAUAUGUUGGUGAAGGUAAUGGUGUUGGUCCUGGUUUUGAUGCUGAACGGGCUUGGUAUCUUAGAUAA